AUGCCAUCCGUAAAAGAAAGCCGAGUCACAAAACCAAAGGCCAAAAGACCGCGGUCCCCAAUCCGACGCGUCUCCAACAAACUCCCACUGGUCGAAAAAACCAACGCUUUGUCUAUUGAAGACUUCAUCUCUCAAUAUGUGACUCCAACCACGCAGACAGGAGAUCUAGCCAAGGAGAAUGCCAUUGAUCAAGCGCAUCCAUCCCAAGAUCACACAACCCGAGAGUUGAUCGCCACGCCCGUGGAGAUUUACUCCGCAGCGACAAUCUCCGCAGCUGAUCUGGAAGCAUGUCUGAAUCUAAUUGAGCAAACAUCGGGUGAAGCCUAUGCUGCAUCUAGCGGAGGCUGGUCGCGUACCAAGAAACGAAAAGAGAUGAGAUUGCCCGACAUGAAGUAUCUGAUCCUGCGAAAAAUACCGAAUGAUUUUGGUGAUUCUAGCGGGGAACACGCUGGAGUAGAGAAGCACAGCGAAGAUGCCGACAAAGCUGCUUCAUCUCCGUCUAAGACAAGUGAGCACCCAUCUGAGACUCCUUCUAAAGAUGUACUCGGCUUCUUGUCGUUUAUGGUCACCUACGAAGAUGGGAAGGAGGUGGUUUAUUGCUACGAGAUCCACUUGUCGCCGACGGCCCGGGGACGGGGUGUUGGGAACUUGCUCAUGAAUCGGAUGGAGAGCAUCGGCCGGGCUGUCGACUUGGAAAAGGCUAUGUUGACAGUUUUCAAGUCGAAUGAAAGUGCUCGACGGUUCUAUGAGCGGCUUGGGUAUGAAGUUGAUGAGUACUCGCCGCGGCCGCGUAAAUUGCGCAAUGGCACAAUUAAGGAUGUUGAGUACUUGAUUUUGUCCAAGCGGUUGGAUGAAUGA